UCAGCCUGGUUGAAACCAACCAGCACAGAUCACGAACCGCUCUCGCGCGUCUUGCGUCAUUUAAGUCUCUUAUCUAGAGGAGGUGCGAUUCGGUUCCCAUCCCUCUCACUCAUUCAACAAGCUGUACAUUUCUAUGAGGCUCGGACAGUUUAACAGCAAACAAAUCUACCCUAUCACGGAUCAGAAGAAAUGGAGUUGCAGAAAUUGAACCGGACCGCAGCGACCACACGGUAACGCGAGCGUCGAUGAGGAGAGGACUGAAGAAUGGCUGCUCCUGACCUCCUUGAUCCUAAAACAGCCGCUCAUAACUCCAGACCUCGUCUCUCAUUCUCGGCUCAACCAGUGCUGCUGAAGUCUUCUGAAGACUUUGAGCCUCGUGUAACCGUCAUGCGCUGGAAAACAGUGCUGACCGUCUUCUUGCUGGUGGUGCUGUACUUGAUUAUUGGAGCAACUGUGUUUAAAGAGUUGGAACAGCCUCACGAGAUGUCAAAGAAACUGGCCAUCCUAGUGGAAAAACUGGAAUUCCUUGAGCAGCAUCCAUGUGUGAACUCCUCAGAUCUGGAAUAUUUAGUGAAGCAAGUGGUGUCAGCAUUACGAGUAGGAGUGAACCCUUCAGGAAACUCGUCCAAUCAGAGCAGUUUAUGGGACCUCAGCAACUCCUUCUUCUUCGCUGGAACAGUUAUUACAACUAUAGGAUUUGGGAAUAUCUCACCUCACACAGAGGGUGGACGUAUCUUCUGUAUUAUCUACGCCCUGUUGGGAAUUCCUCUGUUCGGAUUCUUGCUGGCAGGAGUGGGAGACCAGCUUGGAACAAUCUUCGGAAAGGCAAUCGCUAAAGUAGAGGGUAUGAUUGAUAAGUGGAACGUGAGUCAAACCAAGAUCCGUGUGAUCUCUACUUUUCUUUUCAUUCUCUUUGGUUGUCUCCUCUUCGUCACUCUGCCGGCCGUCAUAUUCAAACACAUUGAGGGCUGGAGUGCGCUUGAGUCCAUCUACUUUGUCGUCAUUACUUUGACAACCAUCGGCUUCGGAGAUUUUGUUGCGGGCGAGGGUGAGCGACGCCUCCAUGAAGAAAGCAGUGGUGGUUCUGAUUUGGAGUACUUGGACUAUUACAAGCCCCUGGUCUGGUUCUGGAUCCUGAUUGGUUUAGCAUAUUUCGCCGCUGUUCUCAGUAUGAUUGGAGACUGGUUUCGUGUCAUAUCCAAGAAAACAAAGGAGGAGGUAGGAGAGUUUCGAGCUCAUGCCGCUGAAUGGACUGCUAAUGUGUCCGCUGAGUUUAAGGAGACUCGUCGGCGACUUAGUGUCGACAUUUACGACAAAUUCCAGCGCGCUGCAUCGAUCAACCGCAAGCUGUCCGCUGAAAUAAACCUCAGCCCACCUAUCAAUCAGCAGAUGACACCAGGGAAACGUGCACAUUCAGUUAACCUCGGAGAUCAGAGAGAAGAGUUGUAUCCCUACACAUUUGUACGAAGCGGAAGCUUAUACCUCAACGGCCUCAUCCCGGAUUACGCUGACCAUCGAGAUGUCACUACAAUACAAACAAAAUGAACUGGAACUGAAGGCAUUCACCGACAAACUGUGAGAGCAAAAAUAUAGGAUUUAUAAGGAAGGAUAAGACAAAAUGAAAAAUGAGAGGACAAAGACAAGACCAUACAAUCGCAUGUAAAGAAAAUAGAACGACACCAUUGUGUGGACAAAGAGCAUUGUUCUCCAUUGACGGCCAUGUGAAAGUAGCCAUGUAUUCUGAUGAAAUAAUCAAAUAAAGAGUUAUUUGUAAUAUAUUAUCAUAGUUACAGAUUAAUAUACUGUAGGUGCUUCACGAGUGCCCCACUUUUUUUUGGAUAGCUCUAAAAUGCAUGAAAGUCUUUUUUUAUCAUUCUUCUGCAAGUAUAGUCAGUAUAGACAGCAUUUACGUGACAUUUGCUGGAUGUCAGCAUUCCGGCACUGCAUGAGGCAACCGAGCACCUGCAAUGGAAACAAGAGAGCUACCACACUCCAAGACAAGGCCUGCAAAGCCCAGCAUAUAAUGAAGGCACAACAUCACACAAAUC